UUCAACAGUUACAAAUAUAGUUCAAUUAACCUAGUGUAGCAUCGGUCUAUUAAACAAGUUAUCCUCAUUCUAUCUGCUUGUUAUAAGAAAUCCAGUAAGAAAAUCUCGAAACUAAUACAGAAUUUAGUCAAACAGAUAAGAACGGAUUGUUAAAGAUGAAAAGAAAUACAGUAUAUAAAUAUAUGUUGACGGCCUUUUAAAAAACGUUAUCCAAAUUCCUAGUUUGAACUCGAAAGGAAGGUCGACCCAGUUGAUUGCCUUGCUCCUAUUGAAAUCAAGGUUAGUCACUCGAUGAGGAAUUUUUUUUGGCAUUUUUGAGAGACUUCCAAUCUAUGUCCAUGUGCAAGAUAUCGACAUUUUUAGCGCUUAUUAUAUUAGUCCGUGGGCAGGAAUGGGUUCGGCAAUUAAUUUUGGAUCCUUAUAAUAAAUAUCAUGUAGGAUGGUGGAUUACUAAUGAUAUUAUUGGAUUUCAAGUGGAAGUGGCUACAAGAGGGUGGAUCGGCUUUGGCAUCUCUAGAAAUGGACAGAUGGCCGAUAGCGAUGUGGUAAUUGGAUGGGUGAAUGACGGAAAUGCUAUUUUACAGGAUAGACACAUUAACAAAGGAAGGAAAGUUUUAGUGGAUAGUCAACAGGACUGGAUAUUAGAUUUUGGUGAAGAAAAUGAAACACAUACAAAAUUAAGAUUCCACAGAAGAUUAAUGACCUGUGAUAAUGAUGAUCUGCCCAUUGAUGAUAGCAUGACUCAUCUGAUAUAUGCCUAUCAUCGUGAAGAUCCAGCUUUUGACAGGAUACCUGUCAGACAUUAUCCACAUCACAGAGGGUCAAAGAAAACUAUUCUCUUACAAGGAAAUCAGAUUAAUUUAAUAAGAAAAAAUUAUAGUAUCUGGGAAAUACUUGCACCUAAUAAUACUAUACCUAAAAAUAAGGAUACAACUUAUCUGUGUACUUUAUUCAGAGUUCCCUAUGUUGGAAGAAAACGUCAUGUCUUUGAAAUAGAACCCAUAAUACAGAAAGGUAAUGAACAAUUUGUCAAUCAUAUUGUUCUAUAUAAGUGCUUAAAAAUCAGACCCAAAACUGUUCGUCCAUAUUUAAACAACAAAAGCUACAAUUGUUAUUAUCCGGAUAUGCCAGAUAUAUUUUCAAAUUGCCAAACUGUACUUUUUUCGUGGGCUUUAGGUGGUGAAUCAUUUAUUCUUCCUAAACAUGUUGGUUUACCAUUUGGUGGAAAAGAUGGAAUAUUUUUCCUAUUAGAAAUUCAUUAUGAUAAUCCCAAUUUUAUGUCAGGAAUUGUUGAUCAUUCUGGUCUUAGACUCUAUUAUACUACACAUUUAAGGAAAUUUGAUGGAAUGACUUUAGUGGUUGGAGCUGUUUAUGAACCUUGUGUUAUUAUUCCACCAAAUGAUAAUAAUUUUAUUGUGGCAGGACAUGGUGAUCCAAAAUGUCUUUCUCCAGUAUGGGUAACCUGUGAUCUCCAUGUUGUGAACAGUAUUCUGAUACCUGUCAGACAUUAUCCACAUCACAGAGGGUCAAAGAAAACUAUUCUCUUACAAGGAAAUCAGAUUAAUUUAAUAAGAAAAAAUUAUAGUAUCUGGGAAAUACUUGCACCUAAUAAUACUAUACCUAAAAAUAAGGAUACAACUUAUCUGUGUACUUUAUUCAGAGUUCCCUAUGUUGGAAGAAAACGUCAUGUCUUUGAAAUAGAACCCAUAAUACAGAAAGGUAAUGAACAAUUUGUCAAUCAUAUUGUUCUAUAUAAGUGCUUAAAAAUCAGACCCAAAACUGUUCGUCCAUAUUUAAACAACAAAAGCUACAAUUGUUAUUAUCCGGAUAUGCCAGAUAUAUUUUCAAAUUGCCAAACUGUACUUUUUUCGUGGGCUUUAGGUGGUGAAUCAUUUAUUCUUCCUAAACAUGUUGGUUUACCAUUUGGUGGAAAAGAUGGAAUAUUUUUCCUAUUAGAAAUUCAUUAUGAUAAUCCCAAUUUUAUGUCAGGAAUUGUUGAUCAUUCUGGUCUUAGACUCUAUUAUACUACACAUUUAAGGAAAUUUGAUGGAAUGACUUUAGUGGUUGGAGCUGUUUAUGAACCUUGUGUUAUUAUUCCACCAAAUGAUAAUAAUUUUAUUGUGGCAGGACAUGGUGAUCCAAAAUGUCUUUCUCCAGCAAUUCCAGCAAAUGGAAUAAAAAUAUUUGCUGUCUCACUACAUAUGCAUUUACUAGGUAGAAAAUUUGUUCUUCGCCACUUUAGAGGAAACAAAGAACUGCAACCCAUAGUCAGUGAAAAAAAUUAUGAUUAUUAUUUUCAGGAAUACCAUUACUUACAAAAAGAAGUCACUGUUCUUGCUACUGAUCAUCUUGUUGCUGAAUGUACUUAUAACUCAAUAGGAAGAAACAUAACAACAUUUGGAGGAUUAGGAACUAAAGAUGAGAUGUGUCUGGCAUUCAUUCUCUAUUAUCCAAAGAUAGCCAGAUCUUUUGCAAUAAGUGCACCAUCAUGUAAUCUAGUUGUUGGAUUAGCUGGUGUUGAGAAAAAUUGGCCGGAAUCAGAGAUUUUAGAAUCUCCCUUAACAAAAGAAAAUCAAACUUUUCUUCACUAUCUAGCAACAUAUCCUUGGAGAGUAAAUUACAUUGAUAUAAUGGAAGAGACGAUAAGAUACAGUCCUCAUCUUUCAACAUGUAUAUUUGGAAACAGCACAAGAAUAAUUAUGAACAGUCACGUUACAUAUCCAGUAAAUUUUACAUCUUAUCAGGAAGCUGACUGCUCAAAUGCCAUGGAAAAGUGCAAUUAUUUUUGCAAAUUUUACAUAAUUUAUUUUUUAGUUAUAUAUUUCUGUUACACAUAAAUUUCUUUAUACAGGAUGUGCAGUUUAAUAUUCUAAAAUUUGAUUCAAUUAAAAAAUCUUCCAAUUAGAAGCAUAUGUUUCCAAAACAAAUUGAUAAAAUGUUCAGGAAAAUUUCAAGACUAAUGCAAAUUACAUUUAUGAACAAAGCAAAUACAUUACAUAAUUUAGAUAAGAUAUAGUACAAUAACUAUAGAAUCUAUUUAAAAAUCAUUAACUGAAACGAUCAUUCAUAAACUGUAAAAUUUGUUUUCUGAAAUUAUUAAUUAUUGAAAAAGGAACAUAAUGGAUUCCAUUUAACUCAUUAUUUUAGAUUUGUAUUAGCUCAAACUGAAAAAAAUUAUUUUGUUUAUUUUUAAUUUGUAAGGUUUGAUGUUUAAAUAUUCAUUACAGUAUAAUUCAGCAAUAAGAAAGUGCAUUUGAAAGGUUUAAAAUGUAUAUUCUUAUUGCUUCAUUAAUUACAACUGAUUUAAUAACAAUAUCAUUUAUACAUUAGAAUGAAUGUAUAAUAAGAAUUAUCCAGUUUGUAUUGAUAUAAAACACUUGUUUGGAAAAAAUCUCCAAUGAUUAUUGGAUUCCUAGUGUAAUCAGAUUAAUUUAUUGUAUACUGGAUUAACGUUGAAGAGAGACAUUUAAAAAAUGUUUCAUGAAUUCAAAUAUUAAACUGAAUUUACAAAAUACUUUUGAAAUGAGUUUUUCAUUCUUGAAACUUGAGAAAAAUUUAAUUACA